CCCCAUUUUAGAACAUCCGCACGCACACACGCACACAGAAUUUUCCUAGGUGAUAAAAAAGUGAGUGAAAAUUGAGGAUUUCUACACGCAUCGCACGCUAUCGGUCACAAAGUCACCGAGAUAGCUGUCACUGCCACCGCCGCAGCACUUUUCACGCGCUCCUGGCCAGAAGGAAAUGAGCGCGCCGAGUAACAAAAUGUCGGCCACCGAUCAGAUGCGAGCAAUGCUGGACCAGCUAAUGGGCACCACACGGAAUGGGGACGAGCGCCAGCUAAAAUUCUCGGACACCAGAGUCUGCAAAUCCUUCCUGCUCGACUGCUGCCCGCACGACAUCCUGGCGUCCACGCGCAUGGAUCUCGGUGAGUGUCCCAAAGUGCAUGACCUGGCUUUCCGCGCAGAUUACGAAAGUGCCGCCAAGUCGCGCGACUACUACUACGACAUCGAGGCCAUGGAGCACCUGCAGGCCUUUAUCGCAGACUGCGAUCGACGCACCGACUCCGCUAAGCAACGGUUGAAAGAGACCCAGGAAGAACUGACUGCCGAGGUGGCCGAGAAGGCCAAUGCUGUCCAUGGCCUUGCCGAGGAGAUUGGCAAGAAGUUGGCCAAGGCCGAGGCGCUCGGCGAGGCCGGCGAAGUGGAGGACAGCAUGGAGCUGAUGAAGGAGAUCGAGGAGCUACGUGCUAAGAAGAUCAAGGCCGAGCACGAAUACCGAACCUCUAUGCCCGCAUCCACCUACCAGCAACAGAAGUUGCGCGUCUGCGAGGUCUGCUCCGCCUAUCUCGGUAUUCACGACAACGACAUCCGGCUGGCGGACCACUUUGGUGGUAAGUUACAUCUCGGAUUCCUCACCAUCAGAGAGAAGCUGAUCGAACUGGAGAAGACGGCGGCGCCGCGGAAAGCGGAGCUCAAGCGGACGGGUAAGAUGACGGAUCGCGACGACGAGGGCCGUGGACGCAAUCGCUACUUUGUAGGUGGUCGUGAACUAGACCGCCGCUCUCGCGUACAUCGUUCUCGCUCCAGAGAACGACAGCGCAACCGAGAUGGAGAGCGCGAACGACCCAACAACGGACGCGCAACUGAGGAGAAGAGCAGUGAGCGACCCAAGGAAGCGGCGGAUGUUCCAGAGCGUGCCGAAAGAGCUGCAGAUCGUGGAGGCCGGCGAGAUGAUAGAGACAACCACGGCAGAGAUCAUCGCGAACGGGAACGCGAUGGCAGACGAGAUCGGGAGCGACAUGGACGCAACGACAGAGGACGCUUUGGUGACAGAGGCGGCGGAGGAGGAGGCGCUGGUCAUCACCGGGACGACAGACGCCGCUCAAGGUCCAGGGAACGCUCGCCAAGGGAACGCCGCAACUUCAACCACUUUAGGGAUGGCGGUAGCGGCGGAAAUGGCCAGCGCAGACGCUCCUACUCCCGUGAACGCUACUCCCGCCGCUAGGCUAGAAUCCCGCCCAGCGCACGUACGUAGCAUUAAUCACAUGAACUAUAAUGCCACCACAAAUUGAACUACUGAAAACAACAGGAAGCGAAUAUUCUUAGCGUAACCAAUAAAGCAACCUAGAGCCACACUUUCGACGCUCCAAUGUGAAGAUACAA